AUGGUUCUGGACCACCAACAUAGAGAAAAGAAAGGAUCAUCUUCCAGGAACAUGGCGCCAAAUUCUUCAUCAAUGAAUAUCCGCCCAUGCUCUGAAGGACAAGCUUGGGAAGACAAAGGUUUGCUAGACCCUCAUCUAUCUGUGUUAGAACUGUUGGGCAAGACCGGGAGUUCGCCUUCCCCGUUGGGACAGAGCUUGGUCACAUCUAUUGACAUAUCGAACCACCAUAACGUAAUCGAUAAUAUAUCAGGAUCAUGGCAAACCAUUCAACCUUUGGACUUAGGCGCUUCUUUUAUCCCAGAAAGGUGCUCUUCGCAGACCACAAAUGGGAGUAUCUUAUCGUCUAGUGACACUUCUGAAGAAGAACAAGACUUGCUUCAAGCGCCUGCUGCUGAUAUAAUAAACAUCAUCAAACAAGGCCAAGAUGGCGCAAGUGUUGCUUCGCCAUCACACCCCUUUAAGCAACUCCAUACGGUAAUAUCGUUACCCAUGCCUCCCAGGGAGAGGACCUUCUAUGGUGAGCAAGAAGAAGAAGUUGUUUGCAUUGACAAUGAUGACGAUAAUGGAGUGUAUGAAGAAGACAGCGUGACAAUAACAAAGAGUUUAACCUCUUCGACAAAUUCCUUUGUUAUGCCUAAAUUAUCACUUUCACGAAAGAAUCCAGUUUUCCGUCUUCUGGUACUGGGGAGAGCGGGUACAAAAUUUUAUCAAUCAACGCCCAAAGAAUAUCAGUCUCUCUUUGAAUUACCCAAAUCUCAUGACUCCACAAUAUUCCCGCAAUAUACAGGUAUCGUCGUAGUUUUCCAAGAGUUGAAAGAAAUGGUAUCUCUACUCAAUAGAAUCGUCGAAUACGCCCAAGGCAAGCCCAUAAUACCUAUCUGUCAACCGGGUCAAACCAUUCAAGUAAAGAAUGUUCUGAAAUCAUUCUUAAAAAAUAGCCUAAUCAAACUGUUGUAUCCUCCAGUGGUAGUGACAAAUAGAAAAGAUAUGAAAAAAAUGUUUGAGAGGUUACAAGAUCUGUCUUUGGAAUACGUGCAAGAUGAAAAUAAUGAAGGCCAGGAUGAAGAUAAUGAUGAUGAAACCAUACAGACAUAUUCCAGGUCAUAUAAUCGUAACAAGAGAGCUGGAAGUUCAAAAAGGAAAUCUUCCAAAUCAAGUAAAAAAUCUAAAAAAAAAAAGCAACGCUCUUCAACAAAAUGGUUUACUUGGGGCGUUUCAAUCACUAUUGGGAUAAGUUUUGGAUGUUGCGUAACAUACUUUGUCACCGCAGCAUAUGACCACCAAACGAUCAGGUCCUUCAAUUCGCGAUCGUCUUUAUUAGCUUCUUUUCUUUCUUUGGAUUCUUCUAGAGACACGGUUAACACGGCUACCACUACUCCUGCCUCUUCUAGUGAGCAGUUUUUAUGGUUUGAUAAGGGCACGCUUCAGAUAAACUUCAAUUCGGACGGAUUCAUUAUGAAAAGUCUCAAUGUCAUAAAGGAAACAUGGGGUAAAAUGAAUGAUUUCUUCCUGACCGCUCUGUCCAGGCCUUUGAAUUUUCUAGACAAUCUUAAUAAAAACCCUGAUUUUUCCGUUGAUGAAUCUAAUCGGAUUUUGGCACUCGGUUAUAUUUUAUUAUAA